AUGCCGACAAGCGUGCCCAAGGACUCUGGACUGGGUGUUUGCAAGCAAUGUCAGGUUCAUGAUGCUGUGGAAAAUGUUCGAUCCCGACCCAUGUGCAAGGACUGCUUUUGCAAGUACAUCGCAACCAAAGCCGUGAAGCGCAUGGAAAAGUUCCGCACCAGAUUCUCCACAGCAGGCCAACAACGAGUACUGCUCCUACCACUCUCAAUGGGCGUUUCCUCACUAGCACUCCUCCACUGCUUAGACGAACAACUCAAACGCCAGAUCGAAAACACUGGACGCACCGGAUUUGCCCUACAAAUACUACACGUCGACAUGACCGCCGUAGUCCCCGAAGGACCCCCAGAAAAAGACUUGGACGCAAUCAAGGAACGCUACCCAACACACACCUACACCUCCAUUCCUCUUUCCUCAGUCAUGGAAGUAGAAGAUAUCCAGGACUUGCUCAAACAAUACAACAUCGACACACCCGCCUCCCUAGCUCUCGCCCACGAAGGCAUCGAAACCACAAACCUCGAAUCCCUCCAAAAACUCCUCCAAGCAAUCCCAACAGCAACAGCAAGAUCGGACGUCCUCCAAAUCCUCCUCCACAAACUCAUUGUCGAUUUCGCAAAAGCGGAUACCUGUGAAGCCAUCGUCUGGGGCGACAGCACGACCAGACUCGCGGAAAAAACACUCGCGGAGACAGCGAAAGGCAGAGGAUUUGCUUUGGCCUGGUUGGUUUCUGAUGGGCCCUCACCAUAUGGAAUUGAUUUCUACUACCCCAUGCGCGACCUGCUGAAGAAGGAAAUCCACGCAUACGCAACCUACACAAAUCCCCCUCUAUCUCCUCUAGUGGCGCCAGAACCACCGCUGGAGACGGUGGUGAGUGCCAAACACAGCACCAUUGACGGAUUGAUGCGCAACUACUUCGACGCCGUGGAGAAGAAUUACCCCAGUAUCGUGGCCAAUGUGGUCAGGACGACUGCAAAACUACAAGCACCUGGCGUUGGUGCUGGAGAUGCAAGUUGCAGUCUUUGUGGUUUGCCCUUGCUGCUCACACCCAGAACCGAGGAGGGCUUGGUUGCUGAGGGCAAAGCACCACCGCCGUUGUGUUAUGGUUGUAUGAGAAGUGUGCCCAUGUUUUCGCCUUGA